CGCAGCCCAUCAUUCCGGUCUAAUUCCAGCAAUAAACUCCUGAAAAAUCCUUCCAGCAAUCUGUUACGAAUCGAAUUAACAGUAACUAGAACCAUGAUUCAUAAUUGGCGCCAACGUCACGUGUUGCGUCCUUGAUACGCGAGUGCCUCCUGUGAUGAAGUUUGUUCUGUGAGUUGAUAAUAAAAAAAAUGGUGGUUGCUAGCCCUCUUCUGCAAUGCAUAUCCAUCAAAUCGCAAUGAAAUGGGACCUUUUCGGCUAAGUGCGCCGCCCAGCAGCCUUCCCUUAUCAGUCUAGGAGUGAUAGUGACGAGUUGCAGAUGCUGAACGGCCGGAAUGCGGGGGUGUACCUGAGUCCGCCUCUGAAGAUGCGGGCAGGUGCUGGGAGCGACCCUGGAAGCAACCCCGUCGGCUCCCGAGAUCGAGUGAUCGAGUAGGCUGCGCUUUUGACAGUUCGACAUGCUGCCAACCACGGAAAACAACAGGUACAUCGUGCAGGUGUACGUGGGGGCCCUGUCGGCGCUCUACGAGGCCCUGUCGGUGGAGGCCAGCAAGCAGACGACCUCCGAGGAGAUCGUCUCCUGCAUCGUGGAGCGGCUGCUUUUGAGCGAGAACGUGACCUACGAGCUGGCCGAAGUGAUCGGUGAUGAUUCAGGGGAGGAGUGCAAGGAGCGCCGGCUGGCCCCCUCGGAGAACCCGGUGCAAGUGAUGAUGUUAUGGCCGAAAAACCGCACGGACCAGUCUUCCUAUCGGUUCUACUUAAGAGAGAAGGUAAGCGACUACGGGUGGCAAGACCAUUUCGUCAUGGACCCGCAACUCAUCAAGGACUAUUUCCACCGGUUUUUGUACCAACCUAAAGACAGAGAAUACCCCGACUUGUGUCAGUUGCCCGACCUAAACGAACAAACUUUACUUGACAAUCUGCGGGCGCGGUUCGUAGCUGGCCACAUCUACACCUACGUGGGGUCCAUCCUCAUCGCCCUCAACCCCUUCAAGUUCUACCCCAUUUAUAACCCCAAGUACGUCAAACUGUACCAGAACAGAAAACUCGGCCCCAACUUGCCCCCCCACAUCUUCGCCGUCGCAGACACCGCCUACUACUGCAUGCUGAAGGACCGAAAAAACCAGUGCAUCGUCAUCAGCGGCGAGAGCGGCUCGGGAAAAACCGAAAGUACAAACUUCCUCCUGCACCACCUCACGGCGCUCAGCCAGAAAGGCUCCCACGGCAGCGGCGUCGAGCAGACGAUCCUGAGCGCCGGCCCCGUGCUGGAGGCCUUCGGAAACGCCAAAACCGCCCACAACAACAACUCCAGCCGCUUCGGCAAGUUCAUCCAGGUCAACUACAAGGAGAACGGGAUGGUGCACGGCGCCGUCGUCCAGAAGUACCUACUGGAGAAGUCGAGGAUUUGCUCACAAGGCCGCAACGAACGCAACUACCACGUGUUCUACUACCUGCUGGAAGGCGCCACCGAGCAGGAGAAACAACUCCUGCACUUGAAAACCCCGGACCAGUACUACUACUUGAACAAGUCGUGCUACACGCUGGAGAACGUCGACGAGAGCUACGAGUUCUCCAGGUUGAAGCAGUCGAUGGAGAUGGUGGGCUUCACCGCGGAGAAGCAGCGGCGGUUGUUCUCGGUGCUCUCGGCGGUGUUGUUAUUGGGGAACGUGGAGUUCCAGCCGAGACGGCCUGCGUACCACCACGACGAGUCCGUCGGGGUGAAGAACCCGGAGGUGGUGUUCUUGAUUUCCGAGCUGUUGCGCGUCAAACAGGAGACUCUUUUGCAAGCUUUGACGGCGAAGAAGGCGCGAGCUUCCGGAGAGACGCUGGUUAUUACUUAUAAGUUGCCUGAAGCUAUAGCUAGUCGGGACGCUAUGGCGAAGUGUUUGUACGGUGCGCUCUUCGACUGGAUCGUCCUACAAGUGAAUCAUGCGCUGUUGUCGAAGAAGGACACGCUUAGGGAACAUCAGGGGAAUUCGAUCGGGGUCUUGGACAUUUUCGGGUUCGAGGAUUUCGGCUUGAACAACAGUUUCGAGCAGUUGUGUAUCAAUUACGCGAACGAACAUUUGCAGUAUUAUUUUAAUCAACACGUUUUUAAGUAUGAGCAGGAGGAGUACAGGAAAGAGGGGAUCCGUUGGAAUAAUAUCGACUUUAUGGAUAACACGGGAUGUCUGCACUUGAUCGAAGGGAAACCCAACGGGUUGCUGUGUCUCUUGGACGAUCAGUGCAAUUUCCCCGGCGCCACGAACGAAACCCUCCUUCAGAAAUUCAACACCGUUCACAAAGACAACAAAUUCUACAUAAAACCGCAGAAGCGCGAGGGCGCCUUCAUCGUCAUCCACUACGCCGGUAAAGUCAAGUACCAGGUGACCGACAUGCGCGAGAAGAACCUCGACCUGAUGCGCCAGGACAUCGUCGGCGUGCUGAAGAACAGCUCGAUGGCGUUCGUCCGCGAGCUGGUGGGCGCCGACCCCGUGGCGGUCUUCCGGUGGGCGAUCGUGCGCGCUUUUUUUCGCGCCUACUUCGCCUUCCACGAGGCCGGACGCAAGCACAGGCAGGGCAGAGUGGACGGCAACAAGAACAACAUCCAGCAGCGCUACCAACGAAACCACGUCCCCAACGAAAAUAUCAUAAGCAAGCAACGAAACAUCCUCUCAAUCAAUAGACUUGGAAGAAACAACGAAAACGAAGUUCCUAGCAAUAAUAACUAUAACAGACUCUCGUGGCCGCAAUUUUAUCAACGAAAUAGAGGUAGCGGAGCCGGUAAUAAAACAGUAGAUGACGAACGAAGAAGGAAAGAUCCAUCAGGAAACAACCCUAAUUCGGCUUUAGAGAGGGUUUUGUGUCCGGACGAAGCAAGAGCCAUUCAGAGAGCAAAUCAAAUAGUAAUGAAGAACAAGUCUUUCCGGCCACGCGAGCGCGGUAAGAAGGGUUUAAAAAAUUUGCAGUCUGUGAAGACGUUAGCGGGGAGGACGGGAAUCACGGCGACGAACCAAGGCCAGUUGGGGAAAGCGCGAAAACAACCCAUGACCGUGACAGCCCAGUUCCAACAGUCCCUUCAUUCCCUAAUGGACACACUAAACCAAGCGAACCCUUUCUUCAUCCGGUGCAUCAAAUCAAACGGAAAUAAAGUACCCAAUCAGUUCGACGAUGAAACGGUGCAGAGACAACUCAGGUACACCGGAAUGCUCGAAACCGUCAGGAUCAGACAAGCCGGCUUUAAUGUCCGUCUGACGUACGACGAGUUCAUACAACUAUACAGGAUUUUGCUCCCGAAAGGUCUGCUUAGUUCGCAAAAUGACGUGCGGGACUUCCUGGCAACGCUCAAUCUAGACAGAGAUAACUACCAGUUAGGGGGAAGUAAGGUGUUUUUGAGAGAGUCAGAGAAACACAAGUUGGACUGCAAGCUGCAUCAGCAAAUCAUGGCGAGCAUUGUGACUCUACAGAGGUGGUUUAGGGUUUGUUUGGAAAGGAGACGGUUCCUGAGAAUCAAGAGCGCCGUAAUUACCAUACAAUCGUACUGUAGGAUGUAUUUAGUUCAAAAGUAUGCCAAAAGAGCGUCUGCCGUUUUAAAAAUUCAAAAAGCGUGGAGAGGAUACAAGUGUAGGAGUUGGUUGCAGAAGUUGAAAGAAGGAAUCGUUGUGUUCCAAGCGCAUUGCAGAGGCUACAGUGUGCGAAAAAUGAAUGCCGAUCGAAUCACUCAAAAUAGGAUAGUUAGACAAGUUAAAGUUACUGCUUCCACACCCAUUCAUAUUUUAGAUAAAAGUUUGUAUAAUUCUGACGAGUUACCGAGAGCGAAAGACCCCGAUUCGGACGAGAGCGGGGGUUACCAGGAUGACGGCGAUCUCGACCACACCCACAGUCGAUUAAGUUUGAGGUCGACGCUGUCGCUGCCUGCUCACACGUCUCCGACGUAUUUUCUCUAUCAUCCAACUAAUCGUCUCGAAGACACGAAACGCGAAGGCAUCCUCCUCGACACCACCACCAAGCGCAAGAUCAGCAAAGCCCACAAGACCAUCGACUACUCCGAGCUGGACUUCGAGCCCGACCCCAAAGGCAGCGAGGAAUCGCUGACCUCCCAACCCAGCCUGGAGUCCCAGCAAAGCACCGACUCCCACAUCCUCGGCCGGCCCAAACCCAAGCACGCCCAAUGGUCGACGCAGAGCACCCGCAGCGAGACCGACUCGGAAAGUUUCCCGCACUCGGCCACGCCCACCAUCGGCUCGGCCAAACAGUCCUCUUACAGCAGUUUCUCCUCAGAGGAGGUGUUCAGGAACGACGAGAUUUCGCCGAAAGCGCAGUUGACGCGAGCGCCCCACGUCACGGGCUCCGGGAAACGCAACGACGGUUUGAAGAGCCUGCCGCCGGUGCGGCGACAAAGAGACGUGUACAGGAUAAGCGACGGGAAGGAGGAGGUGUACUGCGGGUUCGACCACACCCCGAACAAGCUGGAGCAGAUUCUGGGCAAGCCGGAGGCGCCGGUGCGCAACACGAGAAAAGGGAAGCGCGGGCACGUGAAGAGUCUGGGCGAGGAAGUGACGGACAGCGGGAGCAUGGACAAAGCGGGGAUUUUGGGGACGAUCGAGGAGGCGAAGACGCUGCACAAGGACGACUUUUUGCCGCACGAGUUGAAGCCGUCGUUGACGCCGAAGCGGCAGAGGCACAACAUCGGGUUGGAUCUGCGGAGGAGGAACAGCGACCCGGCUACGAAGGCCAGUUUGGUGGUGAGCGAACACCCCACCGGGAGUCCGCAGAGCAAGAACCAGGACGACGUCAAGUGGAUGAAUAGCACGAGUUUUAGCAUCGCGGGGCAUAGGUUUAGGAAGAUACACAGGUUACAGAAGGACGAUUUGUGUGCCUUCUGUAGUGAUAAGGUCGACGUUUUCCUCACUCACGUGUACAAGUGUUCAACGUGCAAGAAAAUUUUCCACACCAAGUGUAUACAGAAUAAGAGCGUGUUCCAAAUGCCGUGCGAUCAAUCCAUGCAGAGUUCGGAUAGCGGGAAGAGCGGCAGGCGGAAGCAGAGGAAGCAUUCGAGGACGCCGUACGAUUUUCGCAAGGAGGAUGGAAAGUUCAACCUCACAGUUAUCGUUGCAGGUACCUCCGAGUUCACGGACCGCACCGACCAGAUCAUCACCGGCUCCGAGGAACUCACCCGCAUGCAGCAGUUCAUCACCGACAAGAUAAUGAAAAUCGAGAACGACGUCGGCGAGAAGCACAGCGACGUCGAUCGCCUCUUCAAGCAGGCGCUUCGCGAAUUCAAAGACAACCUGGUGCAGAUCUACAGCGCGGCGACGAAGCACGGCUUCGAGGCCGGCUGCAUCCGAUACAAGGACCUCAUAACGAACUUCAUGCAAGCGAUGGAGACUGUUUGCCAAAGAGAACAAAAAGAGAACGACAAGGACUUCCCGGUGACGAUGGGCGUGAACGCGUUCCGGGGCUUCAUGGACGAGUUCAUGUCGACACGCGCCGAAGACAAACCGAACAAAACCAAAAGGAAAAAGGAGAAGAAGAGGAAAGUCGAGACGAUCAAACACAAAGGGCACACUUUCUUGCUGACAAUCAUUAACAUUCCGACGGCCUGCGAGAUCUGCAAUUCGUUUUUUAUGUGGCCGAUCGAGAGGGGGUUGGUCUGUCAGUCGUGUAAGCUGACGUGCCAUAAAAAGUGCUACAACAACGCGGCGAGCAAGUGCAACAAGGAGUCGGGCUGCCAGGAGGAGAACCGGAGGGUGUUCGGGGUGCCGCUGGUGGCUCUGAUCACCGAAAACAACAAAAUCCCUCUUGUUAUAGAGAGGUUGCUGCGGACGAUCGAGAUGUACGGGUCGUACACGGAAGGAAUCUAUCGAAAGUCGGGGGUUAGUUCGAAGAUCAAAGAGCUGAAGGUGAAGAUGGACGAGAACCCGGAGGAGAUCGACUUCGAGAAGUACCAAGUGCACGUGUUGGCGUCGGUGCUGAAGUGCUUUCUGAGGGAGAUGCCGGAGCCGCUGCUCACGUUCGAGUGCUACGAGAAUUUCAUCACGGCGGCGAAUUUGGAGGACGCGCAAGAUCGCGUCACGACGCUGUACGAUAUCCUGAAGAAGCUGCCGCCGCCGAACUACGACCUAAUGGAGCGGUUGGUGUUCCACCUGGCGAGGAUAGCGCUGCACGAGGAGGUCAACCGGAUGAGUGCGGCGUCGCUGGCCAUCGUGUUCGCGCCUUGCGUCUUGAGGACGAAUAAGGUGGUGCCGGCGCAGGACAGUCUCCAGGACAUCGGGAGCCAGACCCAGUGCAUCGAGACGAUCAUCAGCGAGCAGUUGCGGAAAGUUAGGGCCACGCUGGACGACAUCGACACGCUUGACACGGCUUGUCAGGCCGCCACCAACCGGCUGUCGUCCCUGAGGAGCUCGAAGGUGUUCACCCCCGACGAGCUCCUGCCGACCAGCCAGCCCCAGCAGCAGACCAACGACGAGGAGCACCUGCUCGUGGACCACAUCCAGGAGAUCCAGAAGGAGAAGGAACACCUCACGUCGACGCUGCCGAUAUUAACGCACGCCGUGUCCGACGACGACAUGCUGUCGACCGACGGGGACGGCAGCCUCGACGACAUCUCGUGCAUCGGCGAGCAGGAGAAGCCGCGGGUCGCCGUCGUCAGGUCCAUCUCCGGGGGCGACGCGCCGCCGCCGCUCCCCAUCAAACUCAAAAGACAGUUAUCGUCCGACGUUACUAGUGUGAAAGUGGUGGAAGAUUGCGAGGAUCCGAUCAUGGUGUAAAAAGUGUACAUAUUCGUGUUGUACAUUGACGGGAACAAAGAUUCUAGGUAUACAGAAAAAUCUAUUUUUUAAAAGAAGUGUGAUACACACCUGAGCAUUUAUUUGUGUAUAUUUUCAUAACAGUUUUCGCCAAGUUGAAGUGAUAUAGAUGUGUAAACCAUGACAUUUUAAGUGCAAAUUUUUGUCUGUUUCUCUGUUGACACUUGUGAUUUCUUCAAAUUUGUGUACUAUUUGAUAGGCAGGGUAUCUGUUUGCUAAUAGGAGUGUUGUAAAUUUGUACUUUUAGAUGUAGACGAAACUUAUGUAACUGAAACGCUUAUUAUUGAUUGACUUGAUGGAGAGAAUGUUUUAGGGAGUACUCUAUUUUAUUGUUGGGGAGUUUUCGCGGUCGUUGCCAAGUUUUUUCGGUAUCUUCCAGAUGAGUUCCUUUUGUAUUUUUUGGACCAACUUGGUUUUAGUAAUGUUUAGGCGACAGAAGAGCAAAAUGAACAAUUUUUAUAACGAAACCAAAAAAACUAAAUCAAAACGUAGCAAGAGUAACUAGAGUACAUAACACAAGCGAGAUAAUGAGCAAUUUUUCGUCAACAUUCGGAUCAAGGCUAUUACUUAAAUUACAAUACUCACGUUUCCUUCUUUAUUUCUUAAUCAAUCAGCUGGUGGAAAGAAAACCAAAGCAAUAUAAAGUUCAUAAAUGAUAGGAACUCUUCUUUAAUUAAUACUUUAGAAUGUGCAAUUCGAUUACAUAAUUUAGGUUAGAUUGUUUAAGAAAUAAAACCCUUCAAGUUAGAUAUUUAUUCUUCAAUAUUUAUUGAAAGCGAAAAGCAUUUUAUAUUGUAUUACUGUUAUAUAAUUAUAUUAAAAACUAUAUUUUAACAGAAGGUAAUUUAUUAUCUCGUGUUGUUAAAAUCAUCCGCGGUAGGGGGUCCUACUGUGUGCACUUGUUCAAUCAUGUAUCAAUUGUUGGGUCAUCACAUUUUUUGGUUCCUGUUUACUAGGAAUCGAGACGUUCUAAUAUUGUUAAAUGUGUAAAAUAUCGAAGCAUUUGUUGUUUAAAUGCAAUAGUUACGUCAGUCAUAAGUUUUAAAGUUGAGAACAAGUUAUUUAGCUAAGCAUGCUUGUUUUUUAAUUAGAAUAAUGUUUAGUUUACUAACAUUUUUUACCGUCGUAUUUAUUUCUUUCUCCAUUCCAAAAGUUAAGCUCAAUGACUGCAUUCCUAUCAAUGUGAGCCGCCCCCUUUUUUUAUAAACAGCACAACUUGAUCUUUGGAGUUUCUGUUCGAGGACUAACGUUGCCAAUACGAUAGGGCAUUUUCAGAAAAUGACUGAAUUAAUAUUUCUAGUUUUUCUCAUACUAUAAAUGUUGGUUAAGUAAACGUUUAUAACUAAAUUAAUAAAUAUACCAAAUGUUAACAAUAAUGACAAUUGUAUAUCAAUAUAAAUAAAAUACUCUAAAUUUAAUAUGCUAAUAAUUUUGUAAAUAAAGAUCAAAUAUCGA